AUGCCUCAAUCACGUCUUUUCAAGCCCCUCAAGAUAGGUGGCAUGGAAGUAAAACAUCGCAUCGGAAUGGCGCCACUUACUCGCUUCCGAGCAACUGAAGACCGAGUGCCAACAUCCCUCAUGAAGGAAUACUAUAGCCAACGCGCCGCAGUGCCAGGUACCUUGAUCAUCACCGAAGGAACAUUCAUAUCGGCAACCUGUGGCGGAUUCCCACACGCACCAGGGCUUUGGCGUGAGGAUCAAGUUGCUGCCUGGAAGAUCGUCACCGAUGAAGUUCAUCGUAAGGGAUGUUUCAUAUUCUGUCAACUAUUUGCCAUGGGCCGUGCCGCGGAUGUCAACACAGCCCGGAAAGAAGGCAACGUUAUUGUAGCACCCAGCGCUAUUCCCAUGGAAGAAGGCGCCGCGGUGCCUAGGGCCAUGACCAUCGACGAGAUCAAACAGACAAUCCUGGAUUAUGUCGACGCUGCGAAGAACGCUAUUCAGGCCGGCUUUGACGGAGUCGAGAUUCAUGGCGCAAAUGGAUAUUUACUAGACCAAUUCAUCCAAGACGUCAGCAACGAUCGUGACGACGAGUAUGGCGGGAAUGUAGAGAAUAGGUCUCGUCUUCUCGACAAUGUGAUCAAAGCUGUUGUUCAUGCCAUCGGCCCUGAACGUGUCGGGCUUCGGCUGAGCCCCUGGAGUACGUUCCAGGGUAUGAGAAUGCAGAAUCCGAUCCCGCAGUUCACGAAUGUGAUCAACAAAGCCAGGGAGGCGGGUAUUGCAUAUAUUCACCUCGUCGAGUCGCGAAUAUCUGGUUCCCAAGAUUACAAUGGCGAUGAGACACUGGAUUUUGCAUAUGAUUUAUGGAACGGGCCUUUUCUUAUUGCUGGAGGGUAUACGUCUCAUGAGGCCCGUGAGUUGGUGGAUGAGAAGUAUCCAGACAAAAACAUCAUGGUUAUCUUUGGCCGGCACUUUAUUUCCAAUCCGGAUCUCAUAUUUAGGAUUAGGAAGGGUUUGGAGCUCAAUGCAUACAGCAGAGAUACUUUUUAUGUCUCCGGGUCAGCGGUGGGUUAUUUGGAUUAUCCAUUUAGCAAGGAGUAUCUGGAAAACAAGGCAGAUGUCUAG